AAAUGCAUGCUGGUACAGUACAGUGAGCCUUUUGCAAAGUAGGACAUUAUCUGAAAUUAAAGUCGUUAUAAUUAGAAGAAAUAUGUGGAACCAACUCUCACAUUUGCAUAAGAACAAGACAUUGAAGUACGGCAUCCCUAUGCUCUUGCUGGUCGUGGGAGGUUCGUUUGGAUUAAGGGAGUUCACACAGAUUCGAUAUGAUGCCCAGAAAAUCCGUAGAAAGAUGGACCCAGCACUGGAGGCAAAAAUAAACAAAGAGAAACAGUCAGUCGUCCUUGAGGAGGAAUAUGAGAAACUUCGUGAGAAGAACCUGGGCUCUUGGAAGAACAUUCGUGGACCCCGGCCUUGGGAAGAUUCCAAGGAAUACCAAGAAGAACAGAGAGCACGCCUAAAUAAAGAAGCCUAAUUGCACACUCAAAUGCA